AUGAAGUUUGGCCUCAUUCUCCUCGGCGGGUUCAUACCUGCAGCUGUAGCUGUACCGUUUGACCAGUACAAAGUUCACGAACAGCGAGGACCUUUACAUCAACAAUGGAUAAAGGGACAACAAGCCUCUGGCUCUACCGUUGUGCCCGUACGCAUUGCUCUAAAACAGAGUAACUUGGAAAAGGCUGAAGACUACCUUCUUCAAGUGUCUGACCCAGCAUCUCCAAAGUAUGGCCAGCAUUUCACAACGCAGCAGAUCGUGGAUCUGUUUGCACCAAGCGAGCAAGCAAUCAAUCAAGUCAAAACCUGGCUGGUUUCGUCGGGCAUCCCUGCUGGCUCAAUCGCGCUCUCUAACAGCAAGGGCUGGAUCAAUUUCAACACCACGGCCAGCGAGUUGGAGUCCCUUCUCAAGACCAAGUUCUACCUGUACACCAACAACGCAACGGAUGGCGUGUACUUUGGAACCGAAGCAUACAGUCUCCCUCACGACGUAUCCUCUCUUGUGGACUUUGUCAUGCCGGGCAUCUCAUUCACGCAGAUGCAGAAAAAGACUGCGAGAAUUGCCCACCCCAGCAGCGGCAAGCUUCAAGGCGCAUCCAUUGACCCGAAUGGCACGGAUCAUUGCGACACAUAUGUUACUCCGCGCUGCAUCAGCGCCUUGUAUCAAAUCCCACCUGCCAAGCUGGCCAACCCAAACAACACCCUGGGCAUAUUCGAGACGGAGGGCGACGUCUAUUCUCAAGAAGAUCUGAACCAGUUCUACGCUGCAGCUGCGCCAGGAAUCCCCAAGGGUACCGGCCCAAUCAUACACUUGAUAAACGGUGCUACUGCGCCCAACCCGCCGUCGUCCGCCGGCGCCGAGUCCGACCUCGAUUUCGAAAUUGCGAUUCCCAUCAUAUACCCGCAGAAAACCAGCCUAUAUCAAAUCCAGUAUCCUGGGAAUGCAGGCUACAAAAACUUUAAUUACAUCUUUAAUGAUUUUCUCGAUGCGUUUUCCGGCCCCUAUUGCCACGACAACGGUGACGAGGGAUCUGGAAAAGAGUGCAACGAUCUGACUCCUCCCAACGUCCUCUCCGUCUCCUGGGGUGACUCGGAAGACCCGUCGUUGGUCAGCUUUCACAAGGUUCGUCGCCGCGCCUGCAUCACACCAGAGGCAAGAAUACAACCUAACCAUGACUUCGCGCAGCGUCAAUGCACAGAGUGGAUGAAGUACGGCUUGCAGGGCACGUCCGUCUUUGUCGCCAGCGGUGACUACGGCGUCGCCGAAAACACUUGCCUCGGUCCCAAACAAAACAUCUUUGUCCCAGACGGUCUAUGCGGCUGCCCGUACAUCACCGCCGUUGGCUCAACCUACCUCCCCAAGGGCGCCAAAGUCGGGGACCCCGAGGUUGCAACCGAGAGAUUCUCUUCUGGUGGCGGCUUCAGCAACAUUUUUGCCACUCCAGAGUGGCAGCACAGUGCUGUUUCUGACUAUCUGACCAAGCACAAGCCCAGCUAUAAAUCCUACAACACAACAGACGGCAAACUCCCCAGCUCGGGCGGAAUUUACAACCGCGGCGGCCGUGGCUACCCCGACAUUUCGGCCAUUGGAGACAAUGGUGUUGUUGUAGUCGGCGGCAGCCAAGGCACCAUCGGCGGAACAUCCAUGUCCGCCCCUCUGGUCGCUGCCAUCUUCAACCGCAUUAACGAGGAGCGUCUGAAUAUCGGCAAGAGCCCUGUCGGAUUCAUCAAUCCGGCUCUGUACAAGGCGUAUAGCAAAAAGGCAUUCAACGACAUUACAAAGGGAGAUCAGCCCGGCGGUGGUGGUUGUGGCACUACUGGAUUCUCGGCAGCAUCGGGCUGGGACCCUGUUACGGGUCUAGGUACGCCCAAGUACACCCAGCUGCUCGAGUACUUUCUGAGCCUAUAA